AUUCUUAUGUGGGGCAUGAACAUAAAUGCCUUAUGUCUGGACUUUCCUAUCUAAACAUCAGGGUUUCCUAUGUACAAGCACUUACCACCAUUGGUCCAUUGCCACCAGUUGCAAGCAUAAUUCCUCACUUGGCUUCAAUUGCAAGCCAUAAACUACAUGACAUUAUAAAUCACCAUCCAGAUUGUUUCUUUAGAGGCCACACCAGAAGAAGAAAAAAAAAGGAAAGAAAAAAGCCAUGAAAUACAAUGAGAUUUCCCAUUUCAGCCACCCCCAACACAUACUAAAAUUCGAGUAUACCGAAGUUCCAUUCAAGUGCGACGGCUGCAAGGAAGUCGGCAUAGGCUCGCAUUACCGAUGUUCCUUCUGUGACUUCGAUCUCCACAUGCACUGUGCAAUACAUUCUCUUUCGAUCUACCACCCUUUCUAUACCAAAUGUUCCUUUCAGUUCUUCUACAGGCCGCCCGGUGACACCCCUCGUUACUGCAAUGCCUGUGAAAAGGAUAUAAACGGUUUCGUUUACCACUGCAAAUCAUGCGGGUUCGAUCUUCAUCCGUGUUGUGCAAAGCUACCGAUGGUGUUAGACGACGGAGAAGUGAAUCUGUAUCUGCAUAGGAAAGUGAGAGCAGUAUGCCAUAGAUGUGGACGUAAAGGGAGGAGCUGGAGUUACAGGUCAGGUUGCAAAAAGUAUAACUUGCAUGUUGCAUGUGUUAGGGAAAUGUUGAUGGAAAAUUGGCAUGAAUUAUACUUUGGACAUGGAAAGGACAGUACAAGGAAACUGGAGACAAGAAUCCCAAGCUUGAAAAAUACACUUCAAACGCCUCAUAAAAGGAGUAAAGGGAAGGUAAAGAAAUGCUGUGAGAUGGCUGUUUUGGCUUUGCAAUUUGUGAUAUCUGCUGUGCUUGGGGAUCCCACUGCUCUCAUUGCUGGGGUUAUUGGAAGUUUGAUGUCAAGAGCUUGAACUGUCUGUGUUCUUGUCUGGUCAGUUUAAUUCAAUGUAGGUGCCUGUAAAGAGAAGAAAAAAACAAAGUAGGGAGCAGAAUGUUUAGAUUUUGCUGA